UCCCGUCGGUGAAGAAGAAAAGGUUACACGUGUUUAUCGUCCGGUCAGAUGUGCUUUGGAUAAUUGUUUCAAAUUUGGAUUUUUGGACCUUUAAGUGGAAUAAAAACUCGUGAAAAUGCCGAAGGUUAAGGCGGAGAAGAAAAGCAGGCAGCACCAAGAGGUGAAAAAUCAAGGAAUCAUGUUCAACACUGGCAUCGGUCAGCACAUCCUGAAGAAUCCUCUGGUUGUCAAUGGGAUCAUUGAGAAGGCUGCUCUGAGGCCGACAGAUGUGGUUCUGGAGGUGGGACCCGGUACUGGCAACAUGACGGUUAAACUGCUGGAAAAAGCCAAGAAGGUGGUGGCCUGUGAGUUGGACUGCAGAUUGGUGGCUGAACUUCAGAAAAGAGUUCAGUGCACGCCCUUACAGACCAAGCUUCAAAUAUUAAUUGGAGAUGUGUUAAAGACAGAUCUGCCUUUCUUUGACGUCUGUGUGGCUAAUUUACCUUACCAGAUUUCAUCACCAUUCGUCUUCAAGCUGCUGCUGCACCGACCUUUCUUCAGGUGUGCCGUGUUGAUGUUCCAAAGAGAGUUUGCGAUGCGACUGGUUGCCAAACCUGGAGACAAGCUGUACUGCAGACUGUCUAUCAACACACAACUUCUGUCUCGUGUGGACCAUCUCAUGAAGGUUGGGAAGAAUAAUUUCCGCCCUCCUCCUAAAGUGGAAUCGAGUGUCGUCAGGAUAGAACCGAAAAAUCCUCCUCCUCCAGUUAACUUCCAGGAGUGGGACGGUCUGGUCAGAAUAGCCUUCGUAAGGAAAAACAAAACCCUCAGUGCAGCUUUCAAGUCCACUGCAGUGGAACAGCUGCUGGAGAAGAACUACAGAAUCCACUGUUCGGUUCACAACAUGGAAGUCCCAGCCGACUUCAGCAUCAGCAAGAAAAUUGAGAGUGUUUUGCAGGAGGCUGAGUUCAGUGAGAAGAGGGCCAGGUCCAUGGACAUCGAUGACUUCAUGGUGCUGUUGCAUGCGUUCAACUCUGCAGGAAUCCACUUCUCCUAGACAGCAGAGGGAGCUGAUGAGAACAGCUUCAUGACUUCUGCCUUCAUCAUGAGAAGGACAAGCUGGUGGUCGAAAGAAUAAUAGUCUGACUGAUGUUUCCCCUUUUGGAUUACCGCCUGAAGGAACUGAAUUUCAAAUGUUGAAACGGGUGGUUGAAUAUACAGAGUAUUGGAUAUAUUUAAACCGCUCAUAUUGAGUGCAGUUUUACAUCAGUGAAGUGUAUAAAGUGUCACCGGCAUGCAUGAGCAGAUGGAAGCUUGGGCUGCAAUCCAGAUUUGACUUAUUUUUUUAAUCUCAGGUACUGUUGCAUGCAGUAUACAUACAAAGAGGACAUAUUACUUUGUCAUAAUAUUGCGCCUUAAGCUCUAAAUAUCGUCAUUUAUCCAUCACAGCCUGAAACAAGCUGUCGUCUGUCACGCAAGACACGCCGAUGUGUCUUCUGCUGUGCUGAAUGGCAAUGCGGGAUGCCUGCAAAUUGAGACAGGAUCUGCCAAGGCAUCUUGGUGUUAUUUAGCAUACAUCAUUUGAAUCUCUGUGUAUAAGGGUACUUGAACGCACCUUUAUCCAAGUGACAUCAGUGUGGGUUUGUCAUUCACUGAAAAUUUGUAAUGGAUGAUUAUUUUAAUCUAACAGGAAGCCUCAAGCUUUCUAAACUACACAAAGCUGCCUCUGUGUGGAAAUGGUAAUAGUUUAACAAGUGUUCAUUAAAUGUGUUAAAAUGUGUACAA